AUGGCGUCUUGGAGAGCAAGUCGUAUACUUAAAUUGGUAUCACCUGAUGCAACAUCUCAUACUCAAGACAAUCUGGUGGUUAAAAUCGACAAUACUAUUGUAGAAGAUCAACACAGUACAGCUAAAGAAAACGCAGAAAAUGUUUCCCCAAAUAAAAAUAUUGAUGUAAGUAGCUGUGAUGAGAUCUUAUCAGAUUGUGAUAGAGAUGAUCAAUUUGCCAACAAAAUUGAUGCUCGAUUUAUAAGUUCCCGUAAAACAGAUAAUAGUAGUCUUACUACACACACAUCAAUAAUAAGAACAUUGCAAACAAACCUCGUACCAGAUUAUGACAGUGAUGAUUCAUCCAUAAAUGAUAAUAAUAACUUAGAAAACAUUGAAACUUGUACUGAAAUUGAUCAAAGCAUUCAAAAAGCACUGCCGAAAUCUUCUUCUUCAAGCUCGUCUACAUCAAGCUCGUCUUCAUCGAACUCUACCUCCUCUGGUAGUUCAUCUUCGGAUUCAGACAGUUCUACGUCUUCUAAACGAACUAAUCAACAUUCUGAACAAUACGCCAAUGGUGUAAGACCACAGAGCGCUUCAACUUCCACUCUACCUGCCAAUAUUUCACCAAAUUAUACUGAUGAAAGUGAUAAUAUAGACUUAAGUGAUGACGACCCUACAUUUAAUUAUGAACUGUCUACCAAACGCAAAAAGAAAAACUAUUUUUUUGAUGCCACCAAAACAGACUCAUCUGACAGUGACGACGAUAGUGUUUCAGAUUCUGAUAGAAAGAAGCUUAGUAAAAGAGGGCGCAAGCGAUCUCUAAAUCCUGCAAAGUGGAAACAAAAUAAAGUUAAAAAGCUACGGAACACUGGUGAAUCGUAUAUAUCCAUAUCGAAAUCUCAGAAAGUUAUUCCCAGCCGCUGUCUUAAAGUGCCUUGCACAGAUAAAUGUAGAUUAAAAUGCACAACUAAUAUAUCAAUGGAUGAAAGUACUGAUGAAAAAAAGAGAGAGCUGGAAGAUAAAUAUAAUAAACACAUAGAAGAAAAGUCAUUGAGUAGAAUAGAAAAACAAGAAGAUCGUAAAAAAGUUACCAAAGAUAAUAUAGUCGCAAUUUAUGAUUUAGAAGCAGUGCUCCAAUGUCCAAGAGGGCACACUCAAAAUGAAGCGGAUAGCGUGCACAGCUUAAUAGAAAAAGAGAUAAAGAAAAAUCUUAAAUCAGGGCCCAUUUACAGCCCUGAUCAGUACAUAGCUUUAAUUAAAAAUGCUAAAAAAAGUAAACCAGCUAUAAAUGUACACGAAUUAACCUUUGAUUCCUUCGUUGAUACUAAAAUAUUGCAGGAAGAAUGGGGUUACAAUUAUAAUACAAAUAUGGACGGACAAACAGUUAAUUGGAAUAAUAUAAAAGUAUUGAUGAUGAAAAAAGAGAAACCAUUCAGUAUUUUUUACAAAACUUCCUACAAAGAUGAUUGUUUCCAAGAAAUAGAUAUGGUAAGGUGGGCCCCGUCACCCACUGCGGCCGUCACCCCGACCGCAGAACUCCACUACGAGACGCGCGCAGAACACGGCGCCGCCGCCUCGAGGCCUGCUGCAGACAACAAGACGCCCCGAGUCUGUCAUCCACAGGCCGCGCCCUACAGUGGCCGCAGGCCGUAG